AUGAAUGUUCCAUCCAAUGGACAGCUAGUCAAAAGGAAUUCGCCGUCGUCUUCUAGUGGACUCGACUAUACACUCUCUUCACCCAACACUUUCACUCGAGAUGGAAGAAAUAAACUCAGAAACAGCGUCAGCAUGAAUAUUCCAUCCAAUCGACAGCUGGUCAAGAGAAAUUCGCCGUCGUCUUCUGGUGGACUCGACCAUACACUCUCUUCACCCAACACUUUCACUCGAGAUGGAAGUAAGUUCAACAAUGAUGAUAUCAUCUCUGAUGAUGUUUGUCGUGUGGCGUACGAAAGCUUAGCUUCUUUUUAUCGGAAUCUUAGGAAAAUAAUUCAGAAACAGCGUCAGCAUGAAUGUUCCAGCCAAUCGACAGCUGGUCAAAAGGAAUUCGCCGUCGUCUUCUGGUGGAAUCGACCUUCGAUUCUUUUGACCCAACACUCACUCGAAAGGCAAUUAGGCUCAACAUUGAUGAUAUAUUGCUCUGAUGAUGUUCGUCAUAUGACGUACGAAAUCUUAGCUCCUCUUUACCGGAAUCGAAGGAAAUUCACUCGGAAACAACAUCAGCAUGAAUGUUCCAUCCAAUCGCGAGCUGAUCAAGACCGAUUCGCCGUCGUAUUCUGGUGGAAUCGAUCUUCGAAUCUCUUCACCCAUCUAUUUCAUUCGAGAUGGAAGCAAGCUUAA